UCUGUGAUUGUGGCCAGGCAGGGCACACACUGAGGGAGGGGAGAGCUCGGAAGUGGAAUGCGACCCCCCAGCCUCUUUCCCCUAGGGGCUGUAAUCUGAUCCCUGGGGACUCCCCCCCCCCCAGCCUCCCGCCCUCGUCCUUGCUGCAGCUCCUUCUCUUCCAGAUCCUGGGGCAGAGUCCAGGGCGGCUCAAGGCUCCUCCACACGCGCCCGCUGAACCCGGAGCACCCUGAGCCGCCAGGAUGGGGCGGGCCAGGGCGGCCGCCAUGAUCCCGGGCCUGGCCCUGCUCUGCGCGGCAGUGCUGGGGGAUGCUAGCCCCAGCCCCCCGCGCCUUCGGCUCUCCUUCCAAGAGCUCCAGGCCCGGCAUGGUCUCCGGACCUUCAGGCUAGAGAGGACCUGCUGUUAUGAAGCUUUGCUGGUGGAUGAGGAGAGAGGACGCCUGUUUGUGGGCGCCGAGAACCAUGUGGCCUCCCUCAGCCUGGACAAUAUCAGCAAGCGGGCCAAGAAGCUGGCCUGGCCGGCCCCCGUGGAAUGGCGAGAGGAGUGCAACUGGGCGGGGAAGGACAUUGGUACUGAGUGCAUGAACUUCGUGAAGUUGCUGCAUGCCUACAACCACACCCACUUGCUGGCCUGUGGCACAGGGGCCUUCCACCCAACCUGUGCAUUUGUGGAGGUGGGCCACCGGCUGGAGGAGCCCAUGCUCCGGCUGGACCUUCGACGGCUAGAGGACGGCAAGGGCAAGAGUCCUUAUGACCCGAGGCAUCGGGCUGCCUCCGUGCUGGUGGGAGAAGAACUAUACUCAGGGGUGGCUGCAGACCUCAUGGGCCGGGACUUCACCAUCUUCCGCAGCCUGGGCCAGCGUCCAAGUCUCCGGACAGAACCACAUGACUCCCGCUGGCUCAACGAGCCCAAGUUUGUCAAGGUCUUUUGGAUCCCGGAGAGCGAGAAUCCCGACGAUGACAAGGUCUACUUCUUCUUCCGGGAGUCGGCAGUGGAGGCUGCACCAGCGCUGGGACGCCUGUCUGUGUCCCGUGUCGGCCAGAUCUGUCGGAAUGACGUGGGCGGCCAGCGCAGCCUAGUCAACAAGUGGACCACGUUCCUGAAGGCACGUCUGGUGUGCUCUGUGCCAGGUGUUGAGGGUGACACGCACUUCGACCAGCUCCAGGAUGUGUUCCUGCUGUCCUUGAGGGACCGCUGGAGCCCGCUGCUCUAUGCUGCCUUCUCCACAUCCAGCACCAUCUUGCGAGGCUCUGCAGUGUGCGUGUACAGCAUGAACGAUGUGCGCCGUGCCUUCCUGGGGCCCUUUGCACACAAGGAAGGGCCCCUGCACCAGUGGGUGUCCUAUCAGGGCCGUGUCCCCUACCCCCGGCCAGGCAUGUGCCCCAGCAAGACCUUUGGCACCUUCAGUUCUACCAAGGACUUUCCUGAUGACGUCAUUCAGUUUGCCCGGAACCACCCCCUCAUGUACAAUUCGGUCCUGCCCGUGGGUGGGCGCCCUCUCUUCCUACAAGUGGGUGCCGGGUACACCUUCACCCAGAUCACUGCAGACCGUGUGGCAGCUGCUGACGGACACUACGACGUCCUCUUCAUUGGCACAGAUGUUGGCACAGUGCUGAAGGUGAUCUCGGUCCCCAAGGGCGGCCGGCCUAACGGGGAGGGGCUGCUCUUGGAGGAGCUGCACGUGUUUGAGGACUCGGCUGCUAUCACCAGCAUGCAAAUCUCUUCCAAGAGACACCAGCUGUACGUAGCCUCGCGGAGCGCGGUGGCCCAGAUCCCCUUGCACCGCUGUGCUGCCCACGGCCGCGCCUGCGCCGAAUGCUGCCUGGCGCGUGACCCUUACUGCGCCUGGGACGGGGCCGCGUGCACGCGCUUCCAGCCCAGCGCUAAAAGGCGGUUUCGGCGGCAAGACGUGAAGAACGGAGACCCCAGUACGCUGUGCUCAGGGGACGCGUCCCAUCCCACACUGCUGGAGCGGAAGGUGUUCGGUGUGGAAGGCGGCAGCGUCUUCCUGGAGUGUGAGCCCCGCUCGCUGCAGGCACGCGUGGAAUGGACCUUCCAGAGCGCAGGGGGGGCGGCCCGCACCCAGGUGGCUGUGGAGGAGCGCGCCGAGCGCCUGACGCGGGGGCUGCUGCUGCGCGGGCUGCGGCGCGGGGACUCAGGCGUGUACCUGUGCGCAGCUGUGGAGCAGGGCUUUUCGCAGCCGCUGCGUCGCCUGGCGCUACACGUGCUGAGCGCCGCGCAGGCCGAAAGGCUGGCCCGGGCCGAGGAGGCUGCGCCCGUCGCCCCUCCGGGCCCCAAGCUCUGGUACCGGGACUUCCUGCAGCUGGUGGAGCCGGGCGGCGGUGGCGCUAGCUCCCUGCGAAUGUGUCGUCUGCAGCCCGAGUCGCGCCCACCGCCUCCCGAGUCGCGGAGGAAGGGCAGAAACCGCCGAAGGCACGCCCCCGAGCCGCGCGCUGAGCGGGGGCCCCGCAGCGCCGCGCGCUGGUGACUCGGCCUCCACGCUGGGUACAGGGAAGGAGACUCCAGGCGGGAGCGGGAGGGCGGACCCUGGGGGACGCACGGCUAGGGGACUCGGCACACUGGUCCCUGGCCGAUGGAGAUACCCACCGACCGACAGGCCCUGGCCGCGGGGCUGCCUCGCCGGCUUAUUUAUUAACAGAGGAUAACCCUUGAAUGUAGCGCUGGGAGGGGCGGCCCAGGCCGGGCACAGGGUCCUGCUGAUCGCGAGGAGGCAGAGAAGCAGGGCUCCAGAGCAACGACCUGGGCGGAGGGGGUGCCCGGAGUGCCCACCCCGGGGGAAGGCCCUCCUCCCUGGGCAAUGAGCAGAAAGCUGUGAAAAGGCUGAGCGGUGGGGGGUGGUGUGGGGCAGGCCGAUUGUACUAAUGCAAUAAACACAUUAUCAGCCGAAGCUGGAACGGCUCCAGCGCACAACCC